UAGAAACCCGACCGUCGGCCCACGUCACGCGUGUUUAUCACUUUCGUUAUCAGGCAUCAGCAGGCAUCACAGAUGUGAGACAGGUUAGCUUAUCAAAUGAAAUCUCAAGUAAAAGUGUUUGGCGGACUGAGUGCAUACUUUUAAAAAUUUUAGACGUUCAAUUUACGUUAAUAGGAUAUGUCAAAGAAAUUAAAACGCACAAGGCACGGAACGGAUUGGUUGUCGGAUACGCUGUCAACUAUAAAGAAACUUCUAUCGGACUCACCCAAGAGUUUGUCGGUCGAUGAUUUCUGCCGCGCAGAUAACCUCUUGCUAACUGACAAUAAUGGCAAAUGUACUCGGUCAAUGGUGCCAGUAUUAACCAAUGAUUGUCAAACUACAAAUACACAUACGUCGGAGGCUCAGAGGCACCUGACGAGAUGUAGGUCUUCAACGGUACGGAAAAAUUCUACCAGGUCCAGAAGACGACCAAGAACUUGUCGAAGGAAAAAAUCUGAAUCGGAAGAAAACAGUAGUGCUUCGUCCAACUCUGACUCCGACACACGUCCACCCUUCCGGCAUGCAAGUAGAAGUGUGCUGUCUAGACUUGUCCAAUACACCUUUUACUCUGUGAUAAAUACAGGUGUUGUGAUGGACCAGGGUGUCACAGCUGCUGCGCUUUGCAGAUCUUUUCUCGCUCUCUAUUUAAAGCUAGACGAAAGCAGCGUUCAUUCGAGUCUGCUAGAUGCUUGGGACAGAGCAGGGCAGAAGAUAACAGUGUUAAAAGGAUAUAAUCACAAACACCUCGUAUACUUGGCAAAGAAAGUACGUCACGUAGCUGUUGAAUCAAACACUUUAUACAGAACAACCGGUCAGGCCAGAGUAAUGCUGGUACUAACGGCAUUUGGCCGAGAGGAAGAUAUGGAAGAAGCAUUUGACGAUCUGUGCUACCUACAUUGACGUCAAUGCUAACAACUUGAUUUGUCGGCAUACAUGUAAUUGGCAACUUCUCUACCACAACGUGACACAUGUCUUUGACCGUGUGUGGCUUAUGCUGUGUGUCAAGUGAUUAGAAACUACGUUGUAUAUUUAAAUAGCCUCAAACUCGUUUCCAACAAAAAUUCAAGUCUUAAAAAUAUUUUAAAUAAAGAAUAAGGAGUCAAUAAAC